ACCUUAUUACUCCCGUCUCCAAACCACACAACGAUCCUAAAGCCAAUCACUCAGAAGCGAAAAGAUGAGGUCGUUUUGGGCGAUUGCUCUCUUGGCUUCCUGCCUCGCUGUUCUCCGCGCCAGCGCUCAGCAAGGCGGCGACGUGAGUUCCGUCAUAAGCAGAGCCCAGUUCAAUCAGCUCCUCAAGCACCGGAACGACCCCGCUUGUCCCGCCAGGGGCUUCUACACAUACGACGCAUUCCUUGCCGCUGCGAGGUCGUUUCCGGGGUUCGGGACAACCGGCGACCGGGACACAAGGCUCAGGGAGGCCGCGGCUUUCUUGGCUCAGACUUCCCACGAAACUACAGGAGGAUCGAGCAGUGCACCAGAUGGGCCCUACGCGUGGGGAUACUGCUUCGUGGAGGAGAGGGACAGGUCGAACGACUACUGUGAUCGCCGAUCUGGAUGGUCGUGCGCUCCCGGCAGGAAAUAUUACGGUCGAGGUCCAAUUCAAAUCACGCACAACUACAACUAUGGCCUAGCGGGACGCGCCCUGCACGCCGACCUGAUCAACGACCCGGACAGGGUGGCCAAGGAACAGGUCCUCUCGUUCAGGACGGCCUUCUGGUUCUGGAUGACGCCGCAACCGCCGAAGCCCUCGAGCCACGACGUCAUCACCGGCCGCUGGAGGCCGUCCCCUGCGGACUCGGCAGCUGGGAGGUCCCCGGGCUACGGCCUCAUCACCAACAUAAUCAACGGCAGGGAGGAGUGCGGGAAGGGACCCAACCCCGCGGUCGAGGACCGGAUCGGAUUUUACAAGAAGUACAGCGACCUACUGAAGGUCGGGUACGGCAACAACCUUGACUGCUACAACCAGAAGCCUUAUGCUUAGGCGCGGACGAUGAUGUGUGUCGAAAAAUAAAGUGUGGCAUGAGAAUUAAUCAGUUUGCCAUGUUGCCUUGUAUCCCCAGUGAAAUAAGUAAAUAAAAUCGUCACGUUGGAAUCUUGUCUUUC